GCGUCGCGCAAAGGAGUGAUGUUAGGAGUGCCGGACGAAAUGGUCAAUCCUCGGGACGAUUUGAACAGCAGUUGGAUGACAAAUAAAUUUGGUGGUUUUCCAAACUGGAUGAAUGAAGGUCCUAGUGUUUGCCCCAAGUGCUGCUUGUGUGAAGGUCAACUGCCUAUGGUAGCCCAGAUUUACUGUCCAUUGGAGAACUCAUCGUCUCACAGAGUUUUAUAUAUCUUUGCUUGCGUCAAAAUGUCUUGUUGGAAUAAGAGAGAGAGUUGGAAAGUUUUGAGAUGUAUGUUAUUUAUCAAAGACGAUGUUAACAAGGUCAAGGAAACAGCUCAUGAAGCUGAGAAUGAAGAUACUUGGUGUGAGGACGCUGACGACUGGGGAGAGGAAGAAGUGAUUGAAAAAGAGGAAACAAUUACGGGCCAUCUUGAAAGUCUGACCAAGAAUUUAGAUCUGAACAAAACAGAAUCUCUAAACAAUGAAUCAUCUUCAGUUAACAAGCUGCAAUCAACUGAAGCAGUUGUACAUGAGAGAAGUAACACCUUCGCCCAGACAGCGGCUCAAAACUCAAACAGAAUUCGCUUUAUUCCUUAUUAUAUAACAGUACUUGAGGAAGAUCUCUUAGUGUUGGAAGCUGGGCAAUUGACUCCAUCAGAAAAGAGAUUGCUUGCUGACUAUACUGCCAGAGAAGGCUUGCCAGGUGUUGAAGAAAUGAUGGCCACCACAGCUGCUGAUAGUCAAUGGGGGAAGGAGAAAUACGAAACGAGUGUAGCGAAGCAUGGCGAUAGGAUAUUCCAGAAGUUUAGGAAACAGAUCAGUUUGUGUCCUGAGCAAUGUUUAAGGUACAGUUGGGAUGGAGAGCCAUUAUUAAUGACAUCCCAAGGACCAGGGAGUAUCCCGUCCUGCAAUGCGUGCGGGGGAAAGCGAGUAUUUGAACUUCAACUGAUGCCUGCACUGGUGUCAUUGUUAAGAGUCGAGACACAAGACCAGGGAACAAACACACGCGAUAACCAAGAUACUGAUCUGUAUAGGAACUGGAGUUCGGAAUGUAUUGAAUUUGGGACAGUGUUUGUUUACACUUGUUCCCAGGGAUGUUGGUCAGAAGACGAGCGUUGCCGUGAGGAAUAUUUACUUGUCCACUCAGAUCCUGAUCAACAUCGUUUUAAGAGCCCGAAAUAAGCAUGAAAGUCUGGUUUCCUUCAAAU